AUGGCAUGCGCUCCAGAUGGCAAGACUGUGAAGCGAGAGGAGCCCGAAAACGUAGGGUCUCUCUUGACAAUCAGCGACGACUAUAAUAUUCAGAUCAAGAAGGACGGCUCCGAGAUCAUCACGAUUAAACUGUUUGGUGCUGGCAUCUUGAUCGGAAACUGUAGCAAGACAGUCCCGAGCAAGUCCAGUACACAUGCCUCUGGAGAUUCUCCAUCCUCUGCCGCUUUAUUCACCGACGUCAAAGGAAACGUGACACACAGGCUCAAGAGCACUGAUGGAAGUCUGCUCGACACCAUCACUUAUGACGACUUCGGAACACCCAAGAUCAAGAGAGUGCAGCCAAGCGAUACGAGCUUCGACAAGACUUCAACAUACGAAAGCAAAAGUCUCGAUGAAGGCGCAGAGCUUUAUAACUUUGGAUCCAGGUGGUACGACCCCAUUACUGGCCGCUUUACCACGCCUGAUGACAUUCUGGCAGUCAAGGACCUCGCCAGGACUGACGGACUCAACCGACUGGCAUUUGAGAACAACGACCCUAUAAAUCACGCUGAUCCUUCUGGGCAUUGGUCGUUAUCAGCUGUACUGGGCGCUGUCCUCGGAGCUGCCCUCGUCGUUGGCGCCAUUGCCCUCACAAUUGCCACAGGAAGAGCCGCGGCGCCACUUGCUGCUGCUGCUGCUGCUGGAGCUCUGGCCAGUGGAGGUAUCACUGGUACAACGUAG